AGGAUUUUACUUUUCUGUUCUAUCUACGUGUGCCUGUGUAAAGUCAUGCUUGCCUCUCUGAUCGGUUUCUUCCUUUUUUCCGUUCUUCUCGUGCGAAAGUUCUUCUGGAGAUCCAUUCGCAUCCUUAAACUGGUACCAGGACCUGCCGGAUAUCCCUUGAUAGGAAAUGUUCCGGAAAUUUUUUAUAAGAGUCCAGGUGAUCUAUUCACAAUGAUAAGAGAAUUCUCCACGAAAUAUUCGAUAUAUAGACUUUCAUUGGGAAGAGUCGAUAUAAUAAAUAUAGUAAAUCCAGAGGACAUUGAGCAAGUUUUAACGGGAUAUCAGCAUCUUUCCAAGAGCAAAUUGUAUACGUACUUCAAUUCAUGGUUGGGUACAGGACUUUUGACGAGCACAGGAGAAAAAUGGCAUAACCGCAGAAAACUCCUCACUCCUGCUUUUCACUUCAGGAUACUCCAACAAUUUUUUAUAGUCUUCAAAGAGGAAACUGAUAGAGUAAUUCGUAAAAUCGAAGAAAUUUCUGCUGAUAAAGAUUCCAUAGAUAUUAUGCCUAUCGUCACCCAAUUCACUCUACAAACUAUUGGAGAAACGGCGAUGGGUUUUAAAAACAUCGACGAGUCCAUCAUGAAUAUCUACAAGUGGAACGUCUUAAAGAUGGGAAAAAUUGUUAUAAAUCGCGUGAUAAGGCCUUGGUAUGACGAAGAUUUCAUUUAUAGACUCACCAAGUAUUACAGAGAAGAAAGAAGGGUCGCCGAAUGUCUUCACAACUUUUCGAGAACGGUGAUCGAACAAAGAAAGCGUACAUUUUCUGAAGAUUCAUUUUCUGAAAAUGCUGGAAGGAAGAAACGAUUACUGGACAUAUUGCUGAAGGCGAAAGAAGACGGAGCUGAUAUAGAUGAUGAUGGAAUAAGAGAAGAAGUGGACACUUUCAUGUUCGAGGGCCACGACACGACUGCUGCUGCUCUUUCUUUGAUUCUUAUGUUAUUAGCGGAUAAUCCUGUACACCAGGAGAAAGUAGCUGCGGAAAUAUCGGAAGUAGUCGGUCCAGAAUCGGACUUACUGUAUUCUGACACUCAGAAGCUUCCAUAUCUGGAACGCUGCAUCAAGGAAGGCCUGCGUCUAUAUCCCAGCGUCCCGAUGAUAUCAAGGACCGCAGGAUGCGAUUACGUGACGUCAUCAGGAUACAGGAUACCGGCUGGAACCACCUUGCACAUGCACAUCUUCGAUCUUCACCGCAAACCGGACAUUUAUCCGGAUCCGGAUCGAUUCGAUCCGGAUAGAUUUUUGAGGGAGAGCUGUGCGGGUAGACAUCCCUUCGCUUAUCUACCUUUCAGCGCUGGACCCAGAAACUGCAUAGGUCAAAAGUUCGCCAUGCUGGAAUUGAAAACUUUUAUUAUCGGAAUAAUAAGGACAUUCAGGAUGGAAGCAGUGACAAAACAAAGCGAUAUUGUCCUAGAAACAGAUUUCGUUCUUAAAACGUCGGAGCCGAUUAAAAUAAAAUUAGUGAAUGCAGUAAAAAAGAUGUCUGUUUUAGAAAAAAUGCCCCACUUAGUGAAAUUAGGGAUCUGGAUGGCAUUUUUCACACUUUUGUUGUUAAUUGGAAAAACGCUAUUCCGACAUCUUCGAAACAUCCUCGUCUUGCGGGCGAUUCCAUCGCCUCCGACUCCACCGAUUAUAGGCUUGGCCACUGAAUUUUUCAAAGAUACUCAGGAUGAAAUUUUCCGAAAAUGUCGUGAAUAUUCCAAGCUAUAUCGUCCAAUAUACAGAAUGUCCCUUUUUCACAUUGACGCCAUCAGUUUUGUGAACGCUGCGGACAUUGAGCUAGUGUUGUCCAGUUACUCUCAUCUACAAAAAAGCAAUACGUACUACUUUCUCAGAAGAUGGUUAGGAACAGGUCUUCUGACUAGCACUGGCGAUAAAUGGCAUGCACGAAGAAAACUACUGACUCCAACUUUCCAUUUCAAAAUUUUACAAGAUUUUCUUAAUGUUUUCAAUGAAGAAACCAACAAACUUGUGGGAAAAAUUGAAGCCAGCCUGGAGGAUUCCGGAAUUGAUAUCACGAGACAUAUCGAUAAUCUCACUCUUCAAAGUGUGGGCGAAACAGCUAUGGGCUUUGAUUUGGUUGAUGAAGGUAUACUCAUAGAUUAUCGACAGAAUCUGAGGAAAAUUGGAAAGAUCAUCAUAGAUCGAAUAACAUUUUGCUUGUAUAGAUUUGAUUUUAUCUACCGUUGGACACCACUAGCUCACGAAGAAAAAAUAGUCACACAAAGCCUGCACCGUUUUUCUGAAACUGUAAUCAGAAGGAGAAAAUUAAUGAGAAGAGGUAGUACCGUAGAAAGGAAGAGACUAGCUAUGUUGGAUCUGCUGCUCAAGUACAAAGAGGAAGGAGCAGAUAUCGAUGAUGAUGGAAUUAGAGAAGAAGUUGAUACCUUCUUAUUCGAAGGACAUGACACAACUGCCAUUGCUCUGUGCAUGUUAAUUAUUUUGCUGGCAAAUCACCAGGAUAUCCAGGAUAAAGUGAUAAAAGAAAUAGAAGAAGUUUUGGGAAGCAAGCCCAGAAACCCUACCCAUGAAGAUUUACCAAAAUUAGAAUAUCUGGAAUGCUGUAUCAAAGAAUCGUUGAGGCUUUAUCCCAGUGUUCCCACGAUAGGAAGAAUAGCUGGGGAAGAUUUCACAAGUUCAACAGGAUAUCAAAUUCCCAAAGGGACAAUAUUGUUGAUGCAAAUAUUCGACUUGCAUAGGGAUGCUUCCGUUUUUCCAGAUCCUGAAAAAUUCAAUCCUGAUAGAUUCAAAUCUGAGAACACAAAGGGACGGAAUCCUUUCACUUAUAUUCCUUUCAGUGCCGGACCACGAAAUUGCAUUGGUCAAAAAUUCGCAAUGUGGGAAAUCAAAGCUGUUAUUUGUGGUUUGUUGCAAAAUUUUCGACUUUUACCGGUGGAUACACCCACGGAUAUAAAAUUUUAUAUGGACCUCAUUCUGCGGACGAAUUGUCCGAUCAGAGUGAAAUUCGUCAAAAGACAGUGAUACACAGAUUCUUUUUCAUAUUAUGCUUAUAUACGUAGUAUCAAGAAAUUCGUAAUAAAAAUACAUAAUAAUUUA